AUGAUGGACCAAAUUCUGGGAACCAAUUUCACCUACGAGAACGCCAAAGAGGUUGCUCGUGAUUUGGAAGGAUUCUCUGCCAAAUUGGCAGUCGUCUAUAUUGCCGUUAUUUUUGGAUUGAAAUAUUAUAUGAAGGAUCGGAAAGCAUUCGAUUUGAGUAUUCCUUUGAACAUUUGGAAUGGUAUUCUCUCGACUUUCAGUCUUCUCGGAUUCACUUUCACCUUUCCAACGCUAUUGAAAGUUAUUCAAAAGGAGGGAUUUGGUCACACCUACUCUCACGUCUCCGAACUCUACACCGACAAAACAUCCGGCUACUGGAUCUUCCUUUGGGUCAUUUCGAAAAUUCCGGAACUUUUGGAUACGGUAUUCAUUGUGCUUCGUAAGCGACCACUCAUUUUCAUGCAUUGGUACCACCACGCCUUGACCGGAUACUACGCCCUGGUCUGCUACCAUGAAGAUGCUGUCCAUAUGGUUUGGGUUGUCUGGAUGAACUAUAUUAUUCACGCCUUCAUGUAUGGAUACUAUCUUCUGAAGUCUCUCAAGGUCCCAAUCCCACCCUCCGUCGCCCAAGCCAUCACCACUUCUCAAAUGAUCCAAUUCGCCGUUGCGAUUUUCGCCCAACUCCACGUCUCCUAUAAACACUACGUGAAAGAAGUCGAAGGAUUGGCGUAUUCGUUCAGAGGAACCGCCAUCGGAUUCUUCAUGUUAACCACAUAUUUCUACCUUUGGAUUCAAUUCUACAAGGAGCACUAUUUGAAGGACGGCGGACGAAAGUACAAUUUGGCAAAGAAGGAUCAAUCGAAGACCGAAAAGAAGACUAAUUAA